GUUGGUUCUCAAAGUUGUGACUCAGUUUCUAAAAAUAUUUUUAUUGCUUACCUAUCUACAUCCUCUGCUAGGAUUUGAUUGCAGUUUAAAUUAUGCAAUUAAAUCAGUUACUUUUUUGUAAUUUCCUCUAAUAGUUUGAUAAGAAAAUUAAAUUAAUUAAGAAUUUAUAAAUAUAAUACCCAGUAGAAAGUGCUUUAGAACAAAGAAUAUUAUUUCUUUGAACUUUAAUAAAAUAUAAUGGAGGCGCCGUGGUCGAAAAGCUUUUUAAGAAACUGCCUAAUUUUAAGCAUAAUAAGUACAGUUGUGAUAGCCCAGUUAACUCAAAGAUUCAGCUCUCCAAAUCCCUGCACAUCGAAAGGAAAAUGUCACGAGUGCAUACAAACGCCGGGCUGUGCGUGGUGUUACGACCCAAAUUUCGGUGACGGGCCGCGUUGUUUCCAACCGUCGCUGGAAUAUCAACAACAAAAGAAAUGUCUUGAAGAGUUUGUUCUUAAUCCCGAUAAUAUCCUCAGCGUUUUAAGUAAUUUAGAGCUGACGAAAGCUCGUAAAGGAAACGCCGCAGUCGGUGGUACGUUGGUAACGGGAGUCGAAGGUAGUUACAACGCAUCUGAACACUGGUCAGUACACGGUUCAGAAACUGGAAGCGCCGGAGGUGCUGGAGCUGCCGGUAGUGCUGGUGGAAAUAUAGUACAAGUCGCACCUCAAAGACUGAAUUUGAAAUUAAGAGCAAGACAAUCCUACAGCAUUUCGAUGCAAUAUACUCAAGCAGAAGAUUACCCCGUGGAUCUUUAUUACCUUAUGGAUCUCAGUAAAUCUAUGUACGACGACAAAGAAAAAUUGUCUUAUUUAGGUGAUAGUUUGGCUAAUACAAUGAAGAAACUCACUUCGAAUUUCAGGCUGGGUUUCGGUAGCUUCGUUGACAAAGUUGUCAUGCCUUAUGUUAGUACAUUGCCUGAAAAUUUGAUACACCCUUGCGAAGAUUGUGCAGCUCCUUAUGGAUACAAACACGCAUUGAAACUAUCCACCGAUACGCAACAGUUUUCACGUAUGGUCAAACAAGCUAACGUCUCUGGAAAUCUGGACGCGCCCGAAGGCGGUUUCGACGCUAUAAUGCAAGCUAUAGUUUGCCGUAAUCAAAUCGGUUGGAGAGAACAAGCUAGAAGACUGUUAGUGUUUUCCACUGAUGCUAGUUUUCAUUACGCUGGAGAUGGAAAGCUUGGAGGCAUAGUGAAACCGAACGAUGGCAAAUGCCACUUAUCCGGUGAUGGUUUUUACACGGAAUCAUCUUUUCAAGAUUACCCUUCGAUCGAACAAAUAAAUCUGAGCGUCAAGAAAAAUUCCAUAAACGUAAUUUUCGCCGUUACGAAAUCCACCAUAGAAAUAUACGAACAACUUGCGAAAACUAUAGAAGGUGCUUCUGUCGGUAAAUUGGAAGGCGAUAGUUCCAAUAUUGUUACGUUGAUAAAAGAACAAUACGAACAAAUUUCAUCGACGGUUGAGAUGAAGCAUAACGCCUCCAGCGCUUUGAGCAUCAAAUUCUUUUCUAGGUGUUUGAACGCCUCCGGGGCGUUGGUUAAUACCAACAAAUGCGGCAAGAUAAAGGUAGGAGACGUUGUUAGUUUCAAAAUCGAUCUCGAAGUUUUAGAAUGUCCGAAAAACCGAGCGGAUCAUUUCCAAACGAUAAAAAUUUAUCCAGUCGGUAUAAACGAAAGUCUGAUAAUAGAUUUGGAAAUGUUGUGCGAAUGUAAUUGCGAACGACCUGGAGAUAAGUAUUAUAAAGAACAAGCGCCGGCUUGUUCGUCUAUGGGUACGUACAAAUGCGGUAUCUGCGAAUGUUACCCCGGUGCUUUCGGACCCCAUUGCGAAUGUCUUCCCGACGAAUUACCGACUAAUAUUACGGCGACCGACUGCAUCCAACCGGACAUACCGAACGCAAUCGAAUGUUCCGGUAGAGGGCAGUGUGUGUGUAAGAAAUGUAUUUGCGAAUCUAGGCUCAGCGAGAACGAAAGAAUUUAUGGUAAAUAUUGUGAAUGCGACAACUUCUCUUGCGAACGUCACGACGGUAAACUAUGCAGCGGUGCCGAUCACGGUAUUUGCGAUUGCGGUGUUUGUCAUUGCAAAGACGAAUGGACUGGUACGAAUUGCGCGUGUAUCAAAUCGAACGCUUCUUGUUACGCCCCAGGUGUUAUCGAUGGUAAAAUUUGUUCGGGACAUGGUAGAUGCGAAUGCGGUGUUUGUAUUUGCGACAGCAAUGAAGAAGGUCCUUAUUCGGGAAAAUUCUGCGAUAGGUGUCCGACAUGUUCGGAUAGAUGUUCCGAAUUCAAAGAAUGUGUCCAAUGUCAACAGUACCAAACAGGACCUCUUAAAAAUCCUGAAGACUGUUCUAGUAAUUGUACAAAGUUCACCCCUUCCUCAGCCGAUGUGAUUACUGUUGAUGCCAAAAAUAGCGAAGUGCUAUGUGCGUAUUACGAUGAGGAUGAAUGUAGAUUCAAAUACGUUUAUUAUUUUGAUACCGAAAAUAAAAUUCAAGUGAGAGCGCAAAAGAAUAGAGAUUGUCCUGAAAAGGUAUAUGUUCCUGGUAUCGUAUUGGGUGUAAUAGCAGCAAUCGUUCUUAUUGGUAUGGCUGUUCUUUUACUAUGGAAACUAUUGACUACAAUACAUGAUAGAAGAGAAUUCGCCCGGUUUGAAAAAGAAAAAAUGAUGGCAAAAUGGGAUACGGGUGAAAAUCCUAUCUAUAAACAAGCUACUUCGACAUUUAAAAAUCCAACUUAUGCCGGAAAAGGUUAAUCUACAACAGGAUCUAGUAUUUUUUUAAAAUUUUUACUGCCAUUUACAGUGAUGGAUCGAUACUGCUGAACAAUGUUUAAUUAACUCAUUACUAUCAUAAAUUGAUUUUUUUAAAAAAAGCAGUAUCUGCAUCUAAAAAUCCAGCUUUAAAUCGGUGGAUAUCUUAGUUGUACAUAAAUUGUAAUAAAGAGGCCAAACUAUUAGAUUUGAAAGCACAUGUAUUGAUUUUUCAAAAAUUUUCUUCAUUUUUGAACUCGUAAAAUUUUAUUUUUCUUUCCAUCAUAAUUUCCAUUAAAAUAUUGUUGAGGAUGAACCCAAAAUUGGGAACUUGAUUGAUAAAAUAUUGUUGGUAAUGUACCCAAAGCUGGGAACUUGAUUCAAAAGUUGUGCUAAUGCUUCAUGAUUUUAAUCCAGAAAUUUGAAAUGCAAUUUUUCAACCAAUAUGAGAUUGUCACCCUCCAAAAUAUCUCCUAUACAUAUUAACAUUUUCUUAUAAUUUUGAAUAUUUUUUCUGUUCAAUUUGUUUUGUCUUCGGAAAUUUUUUCCGUUUUUCAAAUAUUAAUAACAAAUUUUUUUCUAUAGAUUUUUGUUCGCUUACAACAAGGUGAUGUAAAAUACCUCUAGUAAUAUACAGAGUAGUCACAAAAAAUCUUAUGCCUCCUCUUUUGUUUAUUUUAGCAAUUUUUUUGUCGAACUAUUGACUGUACACUAUUGGUUGGUGUGAUUAUUGUGGAAAUUGGUGCUUAAUGGAAAAUGUUAGGAAAAUCAAUACAGUUUUAUUGAAUUUGUUCGGAUUUCAAUACUGAUUUUUAAGAUAUUCAUCCAACUGUUCCGUAAACUUCCGUGCCAUAAUAAUAUAACACACUGUAUUUGAAUAUUUUUAUUGUUUUGAAUUGAAAAAUCGUGUUUCCAAUUAUUGCUAUUGUAUAUAUCAUUAUCAGGAACGGGUCUCUAUGAUCCUCUAAAAAACCACCCCCACAAGCAACAAAUACUACAAAAAAAAUAUUUUUUUCAUUUCAUUAUAUCUCCACAUAAUGUUUAGAAAAAUUUAUUGAAUAUAAAGGACCAGAAGAUACUUCAGUGUGUGCCCGGCUUAUAAUAAUAAUAAUUUGGCGUUUUCAAGGUACCAUAUAUUGAAAUUUAGUACCAUAUGUACCAAUAAUUGGAUUAGUUGCCUUUCAGUUGUUUUUUUUUAACCGAAUUUAUGAAUUAAACGAAAAUAUAGCUCCCCUUGUUUAUAAAAACAUCGCAUUUCAUGGAAAAAUGUCUGUUUCCAAAGUUAUUGGCUAAUUAAGGUAACCUAAGCUAAAGUAAACCUAACCCAACUAAAAUAUAGGUCUGUUCUUCUGUUCCCAAUUUCAACGUAAAUAAAAGUUUAACAAACAAAAACUUAUACAAUUGAUUUUUUCUAACUGUACUUCUUUCUCCUCUUUGGCCAUAAGCCCAAAAAUAGGUCCCCCAAAGUGAAACAUUUUGUUUAUGAGGAUAAAUGGAUUGUACGACCUCGAAAACGCCAAACUAACGAUUUUCAACCAGGAACUGUAAUCAAGAAUCUUUUCAGGUACUUUUUUCGAUUGAUAUUUCAAAUUUCGGUUUUCCAAACAAUAAUAUACAUUUGAACUACUAGACCUGUCUUGACGACUAAUUAUUAUUGGAAUUUAAUCGAUUUAUAAAUAUUUUGAGGUUAAGUUGUUUCGAAUUUGGAUGUUUUUAUCUAAAUACUGGUGUACAUGGCUAAUACAAGAGAAGAACUAAUAAAAGCCGUCAACAAAUUGGGAACAGAAGCAGGAAAUGUCGGUCUAGAAAUAAACCAAAAAAAAAUCAAAUAGAUGAAGAUAGCAGAAGAACAAAAAGACGAAAGAGGAAUGGACCACCACGAGGAUACACAGGUAUCCUCGUUCAAUUAUUUAGGGAUAACAAUGAGACAUACUUCUAAAGGAACGAUAAGGGAGAGAAUACAAAAAGGAUAUUAAACAUUUGGAAAAAAUAAAAAGUUACUAAGACUAGUUAUUUCGUACGCCAUGGAAACAACUGUCAUAAAUAAAAAGGAAGAAGAAGACCUGAAGAUAAUCGAGAGAAAAAUCCUGAGAACUAUAGUCUAACCAAAUAUUAUAGGAGGUAGUGAGAGAAAAUUGAAGAAAAAUGGGAGGAGAAAAUAUAAUAAAAACACCAAGACUAAUCAUGAGAGGGAAACAUACAGAAAUGGUGAAGAGGAUACCACAACGGAUACCUCUAUGGCCAAAAGACAGAGGCAGACCUGGAGAAAUUAAAUUGAAGAAGAUACCAGAAUCCUAGAAAUAGUAAACUGGAAAGUCAAAUGAAAAAACGGAAAAGAAUAGAGAAUAAAGCUGACAAACGAAACUAGGACCAACAAAAAACUAUAACAAAAGAACAAGGGGAGUAAUCGACCCUAAUAAAGGGAUAUAGGCGCCUCAAACACUUUAUUUAAUUUAUUAAUUUACUUUGAACUUAUUAAUGAGAAAUGUAUUAAUCUAAAUCUUGGAUUUCAAGUGUAGGUCUCAAAAUAUUUUAAGAAAUUUUAAUAUUCGUUUUCCAUUUUAUCAUAAAAGUUACUGAAGUGGUUUUUUUACAGAAAAAGUGUAUCAAUUCUCAAACGUUCAUGGUUCUUGUAGGGCACCAUGUAGAUAUAUUUAAAUGAAAAUAACUGCCGUACUUAUUUAGAAUUGUCCCUAAUAUAAAAUCAAAAAAUAUUUAUUGUUUUUGAUAUUUUAAAAAUAAUUUUUGGAAAAAAUUUAAUGGUUUUUAAUUGUAGAUUUAUAAACUUAUUUGUAAUGCAAUAUUAGAUCUGACUUUUUAACAAUCCUUGUUGAAUUUUUGAAUUUGGUAACAUUUUUAGUUUCGAAAAUGUAUUUUUGAAUAUUUUAUUUAAAAAAAUGUGCCUAUUUCUCGAAUUAAGUGUCUUAACAGGACUAAUUAUACAAGUAGUUCAUCCAUUUUUCAUAAAUUUUAAAUUUCUACAUAUAUUUUUCUUCUUAUUGUACUAAAUAGGGUAUCUCAAAUUUUUUUGGUCAGUUUUUAUGGUUUUUAAAAGAUAUCCCAAAAAUUGAUGCAAGAUUUUUAAUUAAAUAGAAAGUCUUUAUUUUAAGUAGCUAGUAAGUUGAAGUACACAGAAUAAGGUUAGGUUAGGUUAGGUGUUUAUUAUAACACUAACAUAACCUAACCUAACAAAGGUUUUGCUGCUUAUACACAUUUUUUUGUUGAAUAUUGUAAUGACCAGCCCUGGUACAGUCUCCUUGAGUUUUUCAAUCAAUCCUUUUACAUUUAAAGUGGUGAAAAUACUAAUGCCAUUAUAUUUUGUAUAAAAUUUUAAUAUAGGAACAACCAAACUUUCAAUUACCUUUCUAUUUUUUCAGAACUGAAAAUUUGUGUAUCAUGUAACGUUCCAUAUUUGAUAAUCCUAAACUUUUAGCUGAUAUAUUUUUUUUUCUGUUUUUAUGAAAAAUUUACCACAAAAAUGGAAUAAACUAAAAUCUUGCAUUACUUUUAGGACACUCAUUAUAAGAAUUUUUUAUAUUGGAUACUUAUGCUUAUGAAAAAUGUGAUGAUCAAUAUUUUUAUACAUAUAUUUUUUUUACAAUUGUUAAUGUUACUUAUAUAUGAUAUUUAUGUCUAACUUUUUACGAGUUUAAUAAGAAUCUCUAAUGAAUAUUCAGAUAAAGCACAAGAUUUUUUAAGAGGACUCAUGCACUAGUUUUCCCCGAUAAACCCUAAUUGUCAAGUUAGUUAGAUUUUACUUCAGGUAUUUUUAAAAUAACCCAAAAACUUGCCUUUAAACUUUUUAAGGUGCUAAUUAUUGAUGUUGAUUUUAAAGCAGGACGAUUCUAUAUUUGAUUAAAUUGUCGUGAGCUUAUUUGAACAUUCAUUUAACGAAGCCUAGUACUUAAGUAACGCAAGUCAUAAAUAUUAGGUAUGUCUUUUACUAAAUUAUUAUUUUCCUUGUAAUAUAUUUGUAAAACUUUUGUUUGCAUGGGAGCUUAACAGCCAUUUGUCGUAUAUAUAAAUAUUUACAUGUUUUUAGCUAAUACUUUAUAAAAAAAUGUUAGCGUAACAUUAUGUGAAUCUUAUUCUUGAUCGACUGUUAAUUGAUUGUUUAGAUUUAUUGAAAAAGUGGAUAAUAAAAGGAUUUGUUUUGAUAAUCAA